CAGUUGCUCGGGACAGCAGCUUGUAGUCCUGAAGGUCUCUUCGCCUAAGUGCGAUAUUCUGACAAAAACUCAGUUAUAUCUUCAGAAGUUAUGGUAACGCUGAGACUGGAGAGUAGUGUGCAGGUAAAACUGGAACGACUUCUGUGACUUCACUUGGCCAGAAUUUGAUAGAUGACAUUGGUUUGGAAGUGGGGGAAAGAUGAAAAUCUCAAUUGGCUAUGAGAAUAACCAGCCUCCUGGUCUGCGAGCUGAGGAGGUUCCACUGCAGUUCCGUGAGCCAUACGUAGAGAUUGGAUACCGCAAGCCUUACCAACCUUUCAGCUUCUACCUGAAGAGCUUCUUUCAGAUCCACAAUGAAUCCCUCAACGUAUGGACCCAUGCUAUCGCCUGCGUGGCCAUCAUGUUCCAGGGGAUUCGGCUCUGCGCGACCUUGGACAUGGAACAUGAUCCUUAUGCCCCAAUGUUCAAGAUGCUCAUCUUUAGCUGCAUGACCUACCUGUUUCUCAGCACCUGCGCGCACCUGUUCCAAUCAAUUAAUGAGGUGGCUCAUCACACCUGUUUCUUCAUCGACUACAUGGGUGUCAGCCUGUAUGCCUUCUCUGCUGGUAUGGCCCAUAUUCACUUCUGUGCUCUGCCUUGGGUUUAUGAUGUCACUGAAAGUUUCUACCUCCCCCUUCAUUGGUUUCUCUCCUUCUUAGUUUGCUUCUGCUGCAGUUACUCCAAGUAUCGCUACAAACGACCUUACCCCUUCGCUCGCAAAGUUUGGCAGAUGUCCUCUGUGGCCGCUGGUUACAUCAUAACCAUGUUUCCUGUUGUUAUGCGCCUUCUGUUCCAGGGGCUGUCAAUUUUCCACGACUUGGCCCUCUUCUACCAGGUGCUCUCGGUGGCUUCCUUUUUAGCUGGCUCCUUUUUCUUUGCUGCCCCUUUCCCCCAGAAAUUUUCCCCUGGUAACUUUGACAUUGUAGGACAUGGUCAUCAACUGUUUCACAUAUUCAUGGCGUUGACGUCCUACAUGGAAGUGGAAGCCGUCUACCGAGACUACGUUGACAGACGAAGUAUCUACUCCAACCUUUUCACCCCCACGCCCAUGAUAGUCUAUGGCUACUUUGUUCUACUUAUGAUCGCCAAUAUGACUGUUGUCUUUGUUUUCCGUGAGAAGAUCAAGGCUCGAAUUGAACGAGAAAAAGAGGAGUGAAAGUUAGGUAAGGAUCACGAACCAAUACGUAAACUUGUACCCAAUUAAUUGAAAUAAUAUUUUUGCUGGAAUAACUAUUUUAAAUUUAAAUGUUGUAAAUGAUUAUUUCACCUGUUUCAAAUUAGGUUUAAUUGUAUCAAUGCAAAAUGCAAAAAAAUGGUUGAAUGUUGCCCAGGAUUUCGAACUUCACCUUGAUGUAUUACCAGUGUUUACAUGGGUAUACAUGUACAUACAUGUACGAGUAGCUGGCUCCGAAGUGGUUCCUUCAUGAUGAAACAUCUACUGAAGUAACACAGACAUUGUACUCUGACUGUAUUCCAUGCGUGCAUUAAAAAACAAACAAAAAGUAUGAGUUAAAAUGUGACGAGUUCUUGCAAACAUGUAUGUUGAGCUUUUUUAAUCAGUUACUCAGUUUAUAAGUAAAAAGAAACUUUCAAUAGUAAAUGAUGUGCAUGUUCUGUGCUUUUAUACAUUUUGAUUACUUUUCUACACAUAAAUUGUUUCAACGUGAUUUAAUUUUGUGUUAAACUGUUUUUGCUAGGGAUUUAAACUAUAGAUGCAAGCAGCCUUUCCAUGCAAUGCACUGCACACAAUGAUUACACCGAUAAAAAUUAUUAUACUCAGAAACAGACCUGUCGUACGUACGUUGUACAUUGUACGUCGUACGUUGUACGCUGUACGUUGUAUGUCGUACGUUGUAUGUUGUACGUCGUACAUCAACAGACUUCUGGGAUGCACAGUAUGAAGUCACAAAAUUGAAAGUCACAUGUGCCGGACUUAGAUUAAUUAAUAUCAGACUACAGCAACAAACAGCCCAUACACAAACCAACUUGUCUUUGGAUGUUUCAACUCAUGAUACCGGUAUACGGUAGCUUUCCUUAAUUUUUGAUUUUGGUCAGUUUGAACUUUGUCAGGAAAACAUGUACAUGUAUUUUGUUUCAAGUCCUACAUUAUCAUAAUCCUAAAAAGUACUGGUUUAUGAAUAAACUGGCCAGUGAAGUGUACAAUGCAUGUGUCAAAUUAAGCUUUCAACGAGUACAGAUUGUUUGGGUCCAUACAGCAUCCAAUGUACAUGUGAAUGUAGCAAAGUCUGUGAAUGAUACAUGCGAUGUUUGUGUUCAUGCUGGUUGGAAUAUGCUGUGUGAUAUGAUUUUAUAAUGAGAGUACCAGUAUAUAUUCCAUUUUCAGCAUUGUUCCAAUAAUCCAUUUGAAUCUCUUGAAAACUCUAAGUAGUCUCACAAAGAACUGUAUGCACUGUACAGCUGUAUGGAGUUUAGAACGCUCACUGACCUGUAACAUGUACAGAAUUUAUCACACCUGAUGUGUGAAUGGAUGUAAAUUUGCUUUUAUGGACCUAAAACGAGAUUUGCCUAGUGUUAACUGUCCAAAGGUGAUAUUAUUUUAAACAGAUAGAGUUGUUACGAUUUUGGAAAAUUCCAAAGUAGACUGUCUGGGAGUUGACAAAAAAUUAAAUGUGAAAAUGUACGCAAGUACACCAAACCAUUAACCAUUUGGGCAAAAAAGCCGUGAACUGUCCAGUUGAAACCACACUUUGACUGCAGCAAAUUUUUUUCAGAUUCAGACUUUCUGUCAUGUUUACCAGCAUGAUUUUUGUCAUGCACAGCAACUACCCAUACAAUCUCUUGUACAGUAACUGUGUUCCUCUUGUACCCCCAACCUGCCAUUACCUAACCGUACUCUGUCUAGGCAGGAGACUGCUAUUGUUAUGUCGGCCUUGUCAUGCCUGAAUGAAUGCACGUACCCUCCAAUCAAUUUGGGGGGGGGGGUUGGGAGCCAGUUGGACACAUGCCUUUUUGUCUGUAUUCACUUCUUUCCAUCUUUUUUUCAAUUAGCAGGAAUACACAGUAAUAAUAGUGUGAUGAUUUCAGGAAAUGAUAUUCACGGUUGUUUGCUGACUUUGGUGGCUUUUGUAAUUGUGCACUGAUAAAGGCAGUUUGUUUCCUACUAUGUACUUUGGAAGGUUUGUGUAGUAAAUAAAAGGUAGGGGUGCUAGGGAGACAUUUUUCUUUGCCCUCAUAAAUUCUUUUUAUCUGUAGAAUUGAAUUUUUGUUCAUGGAAAAACUGAAUUUUCUAAAAGUCAAUCAGAAAAAAGAAUUAAGAUUCACAAAUAUUUGUUGUUUUCUUUUUUUGCACUGUAGCUGUAGUUCAUAUUUUAGUUGUGCCAACUGAAAGGCAAAAAUCCUUAUUUGGGCAAAAAUUGAGGGAAUUAGUUGUCAUUUUGAUAUUAUCAUGGCUUGUGAGUUGAGCUGUGUUGAGGUGAUAAAUCUACAUGUAAUUACAUAUUCUCUGAGGUGCAAACAUCACCAGGCUUUCUUGUGCAGGUGUUGUCUUGGACAAAUAUCUCUUGUUGUUCUGUCAUGUAGAUGCAGUCUCAAUGUAUGUAACACCCAAACAAAAACAUUGUUACAUGUUGAACUCUACUAAAUGUCUGUUCUUGUGCAACAUUAAUUGAAAACUGUUUUUUUCUGUUUCUUUUUGGCAAACAAAUCCAAAAGGUUUGCUACCUUGUAAGUAAAGUUUUACUAUUUAUGAAAUCCAUUGUCAGGUGCAGAAAAAAAAUCUGAAAUUGCUGAUCAGUGCAAGAUUCAAACCAUCUUUUGUUUUUCAUGGAACUCGUAGACCACCAAAUUCAUUUGCCUGAAAGACAGCAAUGAAUCUUGUUACCAUACUGCAUGUUAAUUCCAGACCAGCAUGAGACAGGGAAAAGAGUUCCUCGUGAAUUUUAAUUUUCUAUUCUCAUUUUCCCAGAGGUCUUUUCACAUGUCUGCAAGGCAGUCGAGCAAUCAUCCAACACACAGUCCCCUGAGGCCUCGUGUCCAGGCAUAAUAUAGAUGGGGAAAAAAAUUACUGGUGUAAAUUUAAUACAGAGGCCUUUAAAGCUAAGCAGUGUACAUACCUAUAAUGGUACAUGUACUGUGAUCUUCAUUUGAGCUAUUUAAGAGACUUUCCCUCCAGGGUUUGAAUAAAUCAGCAGUUCCAAGAAGUCUCAUGAUAUUGAGAAGGUCGUCUGUGAAAUUCUGUAAUGCUGUGCGAAAACCAUAAAAUGAUAAAUGGCUAACUUCCUGUUUGCUUUUCUGUACAUUUACUGGACUGUUCCACUUUUCUGUCUCAGUUUUCCAUGUACAUGUACGAGUACAUCUGAGAUUGACUGUGUCCAUGUGCUCAUACAGUUCCAGUACAUGUCAUCAACAAAUGAAUGAGGUUUAUUUUCAAGAGAGCAAUCUUCAGUAAUUAACUUCUAAACUGGAUCUUUAGAGCUUAGUAACAAAUUUUCUGUUGGAGUGUAUGAUUUGGACAGUGUAUAGUGUAAUCCAGAAAUCAGCUGCAUGGGAUCGCUGCUUUAUUUUUCCUAGACAUACAGAUGAGCAGUCUUUGAGGCAGUGUGUAACUCAAGAUAAUUACAGAAGGCAGAAUUGCUCUGCUAUAUUUAGAAGGAAAAUAAUUCAUCACUGGCAUGGCUUCCUCACAAUAUAUUCAAAAUUUAGUAUGGAAUCAAUUACCUUUCAGGGUUCUUUGAUAAUGACGUUUGAACUAGCAAAGUGUAUGCACUAAUGGAUUGUAAUGUGUGACAUCGUUCAUUUAGUAUUAUUAUUUUUGUUGGUAAAAGUAAGUAGGCAUGACUUCUAACAUCUUGUAACACGUUUGUUUUGAUGUAUGAUCAGCAGAAUUGGUAAUAAGUGAAUAGUAACUCUGAUAUGGAGUCUCGAGGUGAAAUAAACAAAGUCUAGUUUUGUUUUACCAGAUGAAAGAUUUCACUUUCGGAUGGGUUUGAUAAUAUGUUGAGUCACAUGUGCUUCAGCCUUGCAUCUAAAAUUGCAGUUGCUAAUCUUUUUCAGCAUGAAGAAAACACCUCAAAAAGAAGUUAACUUUACGGUUGUUAUCUUAGAUGAAGGAAAAAAACAGACACUGAUAAAUGACUUGCUCACACAGCUCAGUUUGCAAUGAAUGUGUCCUGUGGUGUAUUAUUAAAGGCACCAAACAGAACCUUCAAGACUAUUGUACUCUAUUUAAAUCAUAUUUUAUUGUAAAAAAGUCUUGUUUAAAAAAAAACAAAAAAAAUUCUUUCCAAUGCGUAUGACAUUAUGUACAAAAAUGAGAAAAUCUAUUUUUUAUUAAUUUAGUGAUGACGUUUGUGAUUAGCAUUCAUGGAGUAUUGUGAUUAUUAAUGUGCAGUUUUUAGGUAGGCACUGUAGGAGGUCUUACUUUGGUGCAAAGGUGGUAACAUUUACUUGUAGAUUAUCAAUGUUGUAUUUCUAUAUAAUUACAUACAUGUGCAUGUGUGUUUUUGUCAUUGAAUACGAGUAGCCAUUGUGACACCAGCUGGAGUUGCCCUGUAGUGUCAAAAUGUAUAGAUUACAGAACAAUCUUGAUUUGAACUUCAUUAUUGUCAGGAAAUGGUAUAAAUAGCUUAAACUGGCCAUGCAUGAUGAUUUUAAAAACUACACUGUCAUUUUCAUAAUUGUAAAAGGAGGUAAACAAUGCUUGCAUAACAAGAACUUGUAAAAGAAUUUAAAGAUUGAUUUUCUGUGACACUGUGCGUGUUAAUAUUUCUAUUACUCUGCCUUGACUCCAAGAAGAUAUGGUGGUCCAAAAUAGUCCCUGUGUGCAGGCCUUGUAAAAGUUGAGGAAAGAAAAACAUGUAGAAUCACUUGUGAACAAUUUACUUCGUUCAUGAAAUGAAGUCAAGAUUCUUUAAAUAAUUUCUAGGAAUAAAAGUGCGUGACCUUUCAUAACACUGGCAAAGAUUUCUCAUCCUAAUCUUAUCAUGUUAUCUCAGUGCAAGUGUCAUUCAUAUCUUGUCAUGCAGACAGUUGUUGGUGACACGUCUAAUCAUGGUAGCUAGUAAUGAGCUGAUGUGAGCUUCUUGAUUGGAUGUGCAAACAUCUCAAUAUCAGAUGUUGGCCUUUUUGUUUAUACAUUUGACAAGCAAAGCCAUCAAUAAGAUUGCUUACUACAAUUACGAGUUUGUUCUAAAAUCAAGUCAUUUAUCCAUAGCAUGAUAUAAUAUAGUGCACAUACUGAUAUGAUUACAGGUGUUUUUUAUGUUGAUUAGUGUGACUGACCACAGGUACACUGCAUGUGUAACCAAUACUGUAAUGACUUUCAGUCUAUUAGGGUCAUAGUUGGUGUAUUUUACACAAUAUACUUGUAGUAAUAUGAAUGUACGGUAAUGAAAUAAUGCAUAUAUGUUCAUCUUGAAGCAUGUAGUGCUGUAUUGUGUGUUAAUGUCUUUGAAUACAUAGACUACUUCUACUGUAAUUGUCAGCAGACUUGAAUCCUUGAUGCUGAUUGGUUGAUUCCCGGCAAAAGUUCAGUGAUAUACAUAUGCAUGAUCUUGGCCCGUGCCCGUGGGAACACAUUUUUCUUAGGGGGUGCUGAGGUUGUAAAAUCAUAAAUAUCAAGGUUUUUUCAUUUGAUCUCUGACAUUGGAGAGUUUGAUUAUGUUUGUGGCUUAACGUGGUUAAGGUUAGGGGUGCUAUUUUGUACACCAGCACCCCGGUCCAAAAAAGUUAGCGGUGCUUCAGCACCCAUAGCACCCCCAAUCCUGCGGGCUUAUCUUAGCCUUUGUGGGCAGUCCUUUUCACGAUAUGUUGAAUGAACAAAUACUUUGCCUGUUGGACCUUCCAUUCAUGAAGUGCGGAGAGCAUGCACAUUGCACAAGUUUGGAAUCAUCUUGGAUGUUUUUGUAAAGUCUAGUUUGCUUUUAGAUAAACCUCUCCUUCCUCUUGAAAAUAUGGAAUAUAGGAAAAGGUUUUCCAUAUUCUAAGAACACUUCAAAUAUAUUAAGAGGUGUUCCAACCAGGCUGGAAGGUUUAUUUAAUGGGACACGUACACAUAGCGAAAGUGUAUUACAUUAUAAGUGCAGACUUCAGUAGUAUUUUAUUGUGUGCAGUAAAGAUGUAUGAUUGCUUCGAUAAGCGUAGAUUAUAUAGUUUACUAGUCUCAGGACACUUCUAAAUUACUUCAUGAAUAUUCGAAUUUUUCUUCGUGGGAUAUUCAGAGCUUUUCAUAUUUGUUAAUAUUUCUCUAAAUUUUAUGAUGAAAGCCUUCUAAAAUAUUAUGCAAUUUGUAAAAAAAGCUUGGAAAUCUGUGAUUGCUUUUGGUAAUGCUAAGUUUUGUUUUCUUUCUGUAACUGAAGAAAUCUAGUACUUGUAUUUAAUGUUUUAUUUUAGUAGUGAAUGGUCUAAAUGCAGUUAUGCUUCAGUGGUUAUUUUAUUAUUGUGUGCAGUUGACUUGAAUAAUGCUCAAAAUUUUCUCCAUGCAUCAAGAAAUUAGCUUGUAACCGUGGUAAUACAUAUAUGUAGAAGAUUGCAUUUAAAGACCCCUAGGCUCUUUAGAACUAACGUGCAAUUGUUUUAGUAACCAUUGAUAUUUUUUCACCUUAGGUUGUUCAAGACCGCUGCUACUUUGUUUAAAUAACACAGUUUUUGAUGGUCUCAUUUUAGAAACAAAUAAUCCAAGCCGUGUUGGAAGAAUGUUCAGAAUUUUAAUAAUUUUUGGGAAGUACUCUUGAAAAAAUGAAUGGAUUUUAAUGAAGAAGAUUUGGGGCAAGUUUGUUUCUUAAAACUGCUAGUUUCCAAAUAAAUAUAGCCUCAAGAAAGGGUCGGUUUUAGUUCAGAAAACAGCAUCUGGUCACCUCUGAGAUAACUCACCAAUCUCUCUCUUUUCUCAAAUCGGAUAUCUGAAAUGUGUGAUACAUGGUCUGCGCACAAUAUAUCCCUGCUUGCUUUUGUGUUUAAAAAUUAAAGUUAGCUGCAGUGCGGAAAUGA